AUGUCUGACACUAGAGCCCAAUGGCUUCAAUCCUUCAAGGUGUCGCGCGGGACGCGCCCUUUAUUCGCUCAGCUGUGCGCCGAAAGCGGCAUUCGUGUCGCGCCGUUAGAAUUCCCACCCGACGAAAGUCACGUGCAGGUGGAGGUGGAAGAGCUUGGCAGCAUGGGCACCCUGGGCAGCAUGGACGACUACACCAAUGAGCUUGGAUACCAGCUCGACCACGCCUCUGCCCCCCUGCGCCAGCACAUGGCAUCUCUCGCCGAGGAGACGGAGCGCCUCAAGAGCGAGCUGCGGCUCACGAGGAGCAAGGCGCGAGACGCGCAGCAGCGCGACGAGAAGCGCAUCACCGAGCAAGCCAGCCAGAUUGAGGACUUGCAGUCCUCCAUCACCUCCCUCCAGGCCGAGUUGCAGCACGCGAGAGUCAAGGAAGUGUCGCUCACUGCCGGCCGCACCAAUGCCGAGGACCAACUCACCAGGAGCAGCAAGGCCUUUGCGAAGCUGAAGACGACCCUCGACGAGCGCGGCAAGGAGUCGGCAGACCGCGCCAUCAAGCUCAACUUCCUCCACAACGAGCUCAAAGGCCUCAAGGGCGAGAAAGACCAGGCCGUGCAAGACUGGACGGCCCAGAAGACGCGCGCCGACAACCUCGACAUUGACCUCAAGCAGCGCGACGACAGCCUCAAAGACCUGCGAGACGAAAUCUCCCGCCUCAAUGCGCUCCCCAAGGCCGAAGAAGCCAUCGCGCCCUUGAAUGACGAGAUCGAACACCUCCAGCGCACAAUCGGUGAACGCAACACCGAAAACGCCGACCUUCGCACUCAGAAUAGCAAGCUCGAGGCAGAACUCUCCACCGCCCACAAGCAGCUCGCCGAGCUCCCUGGCCUCUCAGUGCGCCGCACCCGUCGUGACAACACCCCUGGCCCCGUCACAGCCGGAGCCUCCAGCAAAACACCCUCUCCAGACCCUCGCCGUACCAGCCUGGCACUCGAGCUCCAAGGACGCGAGUCCAGCGGCGAAUAUGCCGCUUCAUCAGACGAAGAGGUUGCUUUCGAUCCAAGGCUUCCAGUCGUCGCCGACGAACCUCUAGCCAUCACUCCCUCCGCUCCCUCCGACUCGAAGUCGCCAGUCACAGCUGAUGAACCUCACCUCGGUUCUCCUGCCACUCUCUCCACCUCACAGCAGCCAGUCGCAGCCGAUGCGCCUCUCACCACUUCUCCCGAGGCACCAUCUCCUCCAAAGUCGCCAGCAGCAGUGGCCAUCCCUCCUCCCAAAUCCGCCGAAAAACCUCUGACCUUGGAGCUCUUCACCCCGCUCGCCUCCUCGCCCAUCGCUCCCGCCCCGCCAUCUCCCCCACCCAAGCCACCAGCUCGAAUCUUCUUCAGCCCGCGCUCUCCAAUUCGAAUCCGCGCGCCCGCCGGCCUGCCUCACGGCCUCGGCGACGAGUCUCUCGCCGACUAUUUCCGCCGCAACGACGAGACGCUGCGGCAGCUGGCCGGGCGGCGCGAACGCGAGCGCCAGAACAAGCGCAACAUGUCCACGCAGACGACCGAGUCGCUGCCGCCGCCGCCGCCGCCGCCUACGAAACCGACGCCAGCUGGCGGCUGGAAGGCUCGCGCCAGGGCCCGCGAGGCCCGUCUCGCGGAACUCGGCGCGCACUGGCCGGUUUCUCCUCUCAAUCUCAUCGUCUUGAUCCUCCUGUUCUUGAUGGCGUAUCAGUGGGCCACGCUGUCGGUCGAGAAGGGCGUUUGGUUGGCUGCGAACGAGUUGACGCGGGAGUACUUGCUGCGUGUGCGCUUGGCACAGGCUCAUGGAGGCGCCUGGUUUCACAAAGUUCUUUGGGCCUAUGAGCGUUUGUUGCUUGGGGGCUUGGGCGUGGAUCGGGGAUUGUUUUCUUGA